AGAGAGAGAGAGAGGGUAGGAAAAAGAAACGGGACGCCCUCCUCCUCCUCCUCUUCCUCUUCCUCCUCCUCCUCCUCUUCCUCCUCCUCUCUUGGCGGAUAACGGUGUCCAAGAAGUUAUCCAGGACCGACGCAGACAAUAGUCUCUCUUUACGCGUCCAUCACUACUUAUUAAUGCUGUCUGCGUCUCUAUUGUGCCACACAGAGAGGAAAACACUCGGCUGAGAUCAGAUCAUGGACGACUUGGGAGUGCCUGAGCCACCUAACUACCCUCUCAGUCCUCGUAUUGUUGUGUUUGAUGCCCUCCUCGCCGAUCUGGAAAACACCGGCUCUCCUCUAGCUCGGUGUCCUGUCCUGCUCACCUCUGACCCUCCACAAAAUGCUGAAGCUGAACCCCAGGAAUCCGCCGAAACCCGGCCGCCGCCGCCCGCCUACACACCACAGCAGACUGUUUCUGCUGCAAUGAAAUCUUCCCAAAACUCCAACCCAGACAAAUUAUACAGCACAGUGUGUAAACCGCGCUCUCCACGCACAGCAGAUCCUACUCCGGCCUUCUCCUCCUCCUCGCUGCUGGGAGGAGGUCUGAGUGAACUGGACCAUCUGUUACAGGAGCUGAACGCCACCCAGUUCAACAUCACAGAUGAGAUCCUGGCCCAGUUCCCGUCUUCUAAGAAAGAUGAGAGGGACAAGAUUAAGGAUAAGGCCACGACCUCCUCUUCCAGCUCUGCAAAGCCUUCAGCAACAUCAGCCACGCUGGAGUUGGACAAACUGAUGGCUUCCCUGUCCGACUUCAGAGUCCAGAGCACACCAGCUGCACCCGUUACUCCAGUGGUGACAGCAGCACCACAGCAGCAGCCCACCGCCCCGCCGCCACAGGCCUCAUCCGGCGGCUCAUUGGACAGCAUGCUGGGGCUGCUUCAGUCAGACCUGAGCCGACAAGGAGUUCAAACAUCCUCCAAAGGAAACUGUUCGGCUUGUCAAAAGCCAGUCGUAGGACAGGUGGUAACGGCUCUCGGGAAGGUGUGGCACCCAGAGCACUUUGUGUGCACCGAGUGCGAAACGGAGUUAGGCAGUCGCAACUUCUUUGAGAAGGAUGGACGGCCGUACUGCGAGUCGGACUACUUCACCCUCUUCUCCCCUCACUGUGCGCAAUGCAACAAGCCCAUCCUAAACAAAAUGGUCACCGCUCUGGAUAAGAACUGGCACCCAGAGUGUUUCUGCUGUGUUAAGUGUAGCCGGGCGUUUGGAGAGGAAGGUUUCCACGACCGUGAUGGUCAGCAGUACUGCCAGCAGUGCUUCUUGACUCUGUUUGCUUCCCGCUGUCAAGGCUGCACCCAGCCCAUCCUGGAAAACUACAUCUCAGCUCUCAACUCUCUCUGGCACCCACAAUGCUUCGUAUGUAGGGAGUGCUACAGCCCCUUCGUCAACGGCAGCUUCUUCGAACACGAGGGUCAGCCGCUGUGCGAGGCCCACUACCACCAGUCCCGCGGCAGCAUGUGUCAGGCCUGCCAGCAGCCCAUCCUGGGCCGCUGCGUCACCGCCAUGGGGGCCAAGUUCCACCCCCACCACCUCGUGUGUCACUUCUGCCUGAAGCCGCUGAGCAAAGGCUGCUUCAAGGAGCAGGAGAACAAGCCCUACUGCCACCCCUGCUUCAUCAAACUCUUUGGUUGAGGACACCCUCCUCCUCCUCCUCCUCCUCUGGGUCACCAAGUGAAAAAGCUGUAUGACUCUGAGUUUUCAAUUUGUUUGUUUUUUACUGCGGGAAUGAGGGUGGAGCUGGUCUCUUUCUUGGUUUUAAGAAUAUAAGAGUUGAUAGAGGGAGGGGAAUAAAAAGAGAAUCAUCCAACCAAAUUAAUUUUACUAGUUUAUUUCAGUAUAAAAAUGGACUGCAUUUGACUGGCAGUGUGAAAUACAGCUCCAGUAUUAGUUAGACUGAAAAAAGAAAUGAUGCCAAAUUAUUUUUGUCAUGUAUGUAAGUCUUUUAUAUACUGUAUUGAUUCAAAUUGAAUAUUGAAAAUUGAAGUCUUUUGCCAAAGGUAGAAGAGAAACUGUUUCAGUGAAGGAAUUGUACUGUUGUGCAAAAAAUAAUCCCCUUUAAUAUAUUUGCUUUAUAUUGCAAAAAAAGUAUAAGUGCCACUGCAAUUGCAUUUAUAUAUUGUACGCUGACUGCUAUAUACUGUAUGUUUUGUGUAAGCUCUCAUAUGUUUAAUGUCAGAUAUUUUGCAUUACUAUUUCACUAUUGCUCUAUGCAAUUUGCCAAAAACAAUUCCAAAGAAUAAAAUAAAGGAGAACACAACUUGUUA